AUGUUUGCAGUCCGUACUUUGCGUUCCCAGGCUCUUAGAGCGCCAAUGAUGGUCAGAACCAACGUGACCUUGCCAAAAUUGGACUACGCCUACGAUGCUCUUGAGCCAUAUAUCUCUGGUCAGAUCAAUGAGAUCCACCACAAGAAGCACCACCAGACCUACGUCAACGGUUACAACUCAUCGCUGACUCAAUUGGCCGAGGCGGAGGCUGCCGGUGAUGUCUUGAAGACCAUCCAGUUGCAGCAAGCCAUCAAGUUCCACGGUGGUGGCUACAGAAACCACAACAUCUUCUGGAAGAGUUUGGCCCCAGUCUCCCAAGGUGGUGGUCAAUUGCCAACCGGCGCAUUGGCCCAAGCCGUUGAGAAGGAGUACGGCUCCUUUGAUAAGCUGAUUGCCCUCACCAACUCCAAGUUGGCUGGUAUCCAAGGUUCCGGUUGGGCCUGGAUCGUCAAGAACAAGGAGAACGGUUCAGUUGAGGUUGUCACCACGGCUAACCAAGAUACCGUUGGUCCUCAGUUCGUCCCAUUGAUUGCCAUUGACGCCUGGGAGCACGCUUACUACUUGCAAUACCAGAACGUCAAGGUUGACUACUUCAAGGCCAUCUGGAACCUCAUCUCAUCUCAUCUCAUCAUCGUUUCCACAAGGAAUAACAGGAAAGUUGGAAAGAUGUCUGAGUUACACGAGCUGUGCCAUCUCACUGCAAGACCUAUCGAUAAGUCGUACGUGGAAAAGUUACAGUACUUCUUGUCAAACGGUAUUCCUUCUACGUAUACCGUUGAAGAGUGUGAAAACUACUUGGCUGGAAAAGAAGACGAGGAGUUGGAAUCAACAACUACUCCAUUGCACUUGAUCUGCCGUUCUAUCCCAGAUGACAUCAAACCUGAAGAAAAGUUAAUCGUAUUGGAGAUGAUUAGUGAACUGUUCAGUUGGGGUGCGGGCUGGAAUCUCAUCGAUAACGAAGGUAAUACUCCCGGUGACGUUUUGUUCCGCAGAGGCUUACACAACUCUGAAUAUUACAACGCCAUAGUGGAUGCUGGUGUAAGGGCAGAGUUGCUAUUGAGGAAAGUGAAUGAUGAUAUAGAGUUUUUGAGUGACUUUGAAGACGGUGAGGUCCCGGAACUUGUUGAUGAGGAGGCAUCCGCAAAGGACGAGCCUUCAAAUGAUGAGCCUUCAAAUGAUGAGCCUUCAAGCAACGAAGAAGCACUUGAAAAGGAAAGAGAAUACCAGCAGAAGCUGGAACAGGUUAGAAAAGACCUCAUCGAAGACCCCGCAAAUACCCAGUCAACCUACCUGAAGACCAAACUGGAAUACCGUGACGGUUCUCUUAUCACAAAGGACAACAAAGACGGUGUCAUGAUGGACUGGGAAAGUGAACUCAUGAAGGCAGGCUGUGACACAAUCUUCAGCACCGUUAGAGAGUUCGCCACUGAUCCUGAGAAGUUUGACGAGUCGGACUUCACAGACAUAACUGUCUUGAACAUUGGAUUCGGUAUGGGUAUCAUCGAUACAAUGAUUCAAGAGAAGAACCCAACUAUGCAUUAUAUAUCUGAGGCUCAUCCAGAUGUUUUAGCUAAACUGCGCCAAGAUGGAUGGUAUGAAAAGCCAAACGUGAAGAUUCUGGAAGGGAGAUGGCAGGAUACUUUGCCUGAGCUGUUGAACCAAGGUGUGUUCUUCAAUGGUAUCUAUUACGACACCUAUUCCGAACACUACAGUGACAUGUUGGACUUGUACGAUCUCAUUGUCGGUUUGCUGAAACCAAGUGGUGUCUUUUCCUUCUUUAACGGUCUAGGAGCAGAUAGACAAGUGAUCUACGACGUUUAUAAGAAAAUCGUUGAGAUUGACAUGGCAAACUACGGGCUGGAGGUCAAAUAUACAGAGUUGGCCACUCCUGCUACAACAGGUGAAGAGUUUGACCAGAGUGAAGAGAGCGAAUGGAAUGGAAUCAAAAGAGCAUACUGGAGAUGUAAGACAUAUUACCAUCCAGAGAUUAAAUUCCAAGAUUAG